GGUUGGAUGGUUGUGGUUUUGCGAAUAUACCUGUGUUUAAUAGCUUCACUGGCUGUAUGAAAUAAUUUUACACGAAUUGUCCUUGAUUUUUCAUUGUGUAAUCUUGGUCGAACAUGGGAUAAUUUUUUCCCGCAAAAAUGUCAGAUUUGGCGGGGAUUCUGGUUAGUAAAGCUAGAAAUGAAGACAGUCUCCAAGCAAUUCAUUAACGGCAUGGGAAAACUCAAAUGUUUUGAAAUUCUUUGGACGGAAAAUAAAUCUGUGUUUUACCCAGGAGAGCGAGUAUCGGGGUGCGUGGUGCUCGACUUGAAGAAAGACGUAAAGCUCAGGUCUUUGAGAAUAUUUCUGAGAGGUGUGGCUAAAGUUCACUGGACCGAGUCUAGAAACACGGGUACCAGACUUGGGGCGUACACCGAGCAUUACAAUGCCGAGGUCGAGUACUUCUUCAAAAGACAAGUCUUGUUUGGUGGAGAGGUUACAGAUGGAAGAGACCAUCUUCUAGAAGCUGGUCAUCAUGACUUCAACUUCACUUUUGAUUUGCCUAUGAGUGGAAUUUCCACAUCAUUUGAGGGUAAGCAUGGUAACAUUCGGUACUGGGUAAAAGCGGAGAUUGAUAAGCCUUGGUCAUUCAACCAUAAAACCAAGAAAGCCUUCACUGUCAUCAGUCCCAUAGACAUCAACCGUCCAGAGUACAUGAACUUUGUGGAGAGCAGUGUUGAGAAGACAUUAUGUUGCUGGUUUUGUACAUCAGGACCAGUGUCAAUCACGGCACGGACAGACAGACGAGGAUAUUGUCCAGGUGAAUCAAUCCAGAUUUUUGCAGAAUUCAGCAAUCAUUCUUCCCGGACUGUGACCCCACAUGCCACACUCUAUCAGUCUCAAAUCUUCUUUGCUGGAAAUAAAUCAAAACUACGGAGGACCAAGUUCUGUACCAUUUCUGGUGCUCCUGUGUAUCCUGGUGGAGUAGGUGUAUGGGAGUCUCAGGAGAUAGAGAUCCCAGCUGUGUCUCCAACCAUCAGAAACUGCUGUAUCCUGAAAGUCAAGUAUUUCAUUGAGGUGUCUCUCCACAUCCCUGGCUCGCAGAACCUGGCUCUACAACUUCCUAUUGUGAUUGGCACUGUGCCUUACCGACAGGACCGACACCCACCCACCAGCUUACAGACAGGGGUGCAGCUCAGUGACAUCUCUUUACUGCCAGCGCCACCACCUUACUCAGAGAGCAUAGCACCACCACCUUUUGGAGAUCCACCCACCUACCGUGAGAGUGUAGAGGGAGCUGUCAGCAUACUGGACGACGACGAUGACCCUGGUCAGAUGGGCAGCGUGACAUUUACACCUAUGUAUACUUAUGUGUAUGACUACAGGAGACCCCCAGCUUAUUCUGAGAAUGAUCCCCACCCUGUUCACUGAUCACCACUUUAACUGAACCAACUACAAUGUCAGGACAACAUGAAUCUCUUUCAUCAAUGCUCUAAAUGAUAUACCAUAAUGCUCUAUGUUAUGUACAAUUUGUCAGAACUCUGAGGGGGCACCUGCAGCCUCUCUAUUGUUGAGUUCAUACACACAGAUCGGAGCUUCAUUGUAUUGUCUUGUGCAAUAGCUUUUGUCUUCAUUAAACUAUAAUAUUCCAUU